AACAUCAGACGGAACACUUUUUCAGAGGAUACGGCUAUUCACGCUCUCUCUGGAGCAAAUUUUUCAUGCGGCUUCGCGUUCGCAAACCGACAUCGACCCGAUCGAAAUACACGUAAGUACACUACCCAACGCAUGUUUGAAAAUGGGAUCCGUUAUCUAAUGUAACACAUCGCUUAUGCUUAACGUUCACGACUGCAGUAUGGAAACAUAGAGGGCUUGGCGCACUAGCGCGCAGUAGCUGAUCCUGGGGAGGUAAACACGCUACCUAGCACGACUGCAGAGCCCAUCGCAAUGAUCGCUGUUGAUUUAUUUCUUGUAUGAAUCAUUUGCGACCGCGUCGGCGCCGCGCAUUUGCGCACCGCGGCAAGGAUCGCGAAAAUGCGCGAAAAGCCCCCCGCAGCCACGCGUUGCCGCUAAGCCCAUCCAACGCCCACACUUACUUGGAUCAGGUAGUUCUCUUUUGUCCAUCAAUCUGGGCACGAUAUCUGAUGAAAAUAACGCCGCGCCCAAACAAAUAGGCCCUCACGUCGCCUUUUUCUUCCGCGAACAAACACAGGACGGCUUUGAGCGAUCCAGCAGCUGUUCGCCGCAAUGAAGGUGAUCGGCCGCGGCGUCGGGUUCUGUGCUAGGGAAGUUCGUUGUUUUUCAACGGGCACAGAUAGACGUUUGGCACGAUGAUCAACACGUUGGCUAGCGCAACUUGCCGGCUGGUGGUGUAAUAGGGGGGAAAGACAUGGAGAGAGAUUUCCGAUCGUGGCCGUAGUUGCAAGAACAGCUCAAUGUGGCGCGGGUCGUGCGACAAAACUUCCGAUCGCAAAGCCACAGAGGAAUACGCGAGGCACUGCAAGGCUCGGGACUCGCAAUUCUCGUUGUCGAUGAAGGCCCAGAGAAAUAGAAGCCGGGACGGGAUGAUGAUGCCUGUGCCCGCUUCCUGUUCCUUUUCGCAGCGCUCUUGACAGCUGGGAGUUUUUCAGCGAGUGACAGGGGAGCCCUGGCGAAGUUACCCUGAAAAGGGGCGGAUCAUGAAAUUUUUAUCCGCUGUUGGUAGCCAGCGCACGCGAACACGUUUCGGUGAGGAUCAAGAAUUUUAACUGCGAGCACAAGGAAGCACUACGUGACGGAGGGUCGUAGAAGUUGCACUAGUGUACUACAUCGUAGACAGACGCGAAGCGCGGGCGGGGCGAUUGCGACCGGUCAGGCAAUUGCACCGGCGAUACGUCCUCGAAGGCGCGUGUUUUUCUAUCUACCUACGUACCGAUACCGUUACCAAGAGUCCUCCACUACAUUUCCUAGCGAACACAGCACUACGGAGUCCACACACACUACCUAGCUUCGGCAACACCUUUGGUUCGGCAGUGGUCGGAGACCUCUCUUCGCCGCAGCGGAACCGCAGUCCCUUCUAUUCUUGUGGCAUUGCAAAAAACGUUGACAGGAAACUUUUUGGAAUCGUAGAGGUGUACCUGCCGGGCGAAAUCUUCCAGUGGUUAUCCAAUCGCAGCCAGCUAUCACAGUUUUCUCGUUUGCCCUUUCGCAAAACAUUCCUCGUUACUCUACUGGGUGACGUAAGAACCGUAAGCCGUAAAAGUCGAUCAAAAAGCAUCAACCAUGGGCGGAGACAUGUUGACGGGAACCGUAAAGUGGUUCGACCUCGUGAAGGGGUUCGGAUUUAUCGAAAUCACCAACGGCAAGGACAAGGGAACGGACGUCUUCGUUCACGCAUCCGACAUCAAGGGACGCCCGCUGAUGGAGAACGACAAGGUACGCACUUUCUUGCCUUCGCCAGAAUUAUUUUUCAGUUGUCUUGUUUGUUCGCGAUCGCGACGCAUAGGUAGCAUCAAGACUUUAGGAUCGAUUUGGCCUCCUGAUUGGCUUUGGAGUACUUAUUUUCUUCACUUACUGUGUGUGAAAAAUUAAAGUUUGAAUUUGCUGUUUCAGUUUUGUCUGAGCCUCCUGUUAUUUUUCGGAAAGAGAAUUAAAGCAACACCAACUGCAGGUCGAGUUCAACAUUGCGGACGACGACCGGACGUCCAGCAAGGAUCGUGCCGCCAACGUGACUGGGGGCACUGGAGACUACGAUGCCCGUGAGCGCGCGAAGGGAGACGGAAAGGGCCGCGGCCGCCGAGACUCGCGUGGUCGCCGCGACUCCCGUGGUCGCCGUGACUCCCGCCGUCGCCGCGAUUCCCCGCGCAAGGGCAAGGGAAAGACGUCCGUCAAGCCGGGUGACUGGGAAUGCGACAAGUGCAGCUUCAUGAAUUUUGCGUCCCGAAAGGAGUGCCUCAAGUGCGGCGCAGUCAAGGCCCCGGGUGGUCGCGUCCCGGGUGGCAAGCGCCGUGACUCCCGCUCCCGCAGCCGUUCUCCCGACCAGCGCCGCAAGGAGAAGUCCCGCUCCCGAUCCAGGUCCCGUGGGGGCGACAAGGAGUCCCGUGGGGGCGACAAGGAGAAGUCCCGUGGUCGUGCUGACUCCCGCCGCCGCUAG